CGUGUUGUGGUUGUCAGGGAAGCGCACCCCCAACCUGUGAUGGGUGGUGAUCUCGGGAUUAGGUGACCUCAAUUUGCAAAAGAACCAACUCAACUACUGAAACACUAAGUAAUCGACAAAUGAUUUUACUUGUUUCAUCUCUUCGUUUUUGUUGGGGCUUCCUCCGGAGCGUCCUUCGGCUCUUCGUAUUUACGGUCUACGGUCAAAUGGAGCUUGUAUUUUUAGCUGUUAGCCGUUAGCUUCCUCCUGUUGAUAAGCGCUCAGUGGUACUUGCUAGUUCUCUUCUGAUACAUAUUGCCUUUUUUCAAACGUCGUGCGCCUUAUUGCCUUAAAAUGGAGGAUAACCAAGAAGAUCUAAAAGAACAACUUGAAGACGAAGAAGAGGAAGAUAUAAGUGAAAGCGAGAAAUUACCUUUCCCCCCUCCUCCCUUUCGCUCGACCCGUCUUCACAUCCAGAGAAGUAAUGUGUGCUCUCGGGCAUACUUCGUCGUUGUCAUGGUAUUUUUUCAUGUCUAUAUCCUAAAUGUGAUUGCACUGCUGCUCUACGUGCACUACAACAACGGCCCUGAAGAUUUAAUCCCCAGUGAAGCGGCUUCUUCUUCGGCCAUUAACGAUGGUGGCAGCCCCUUGCCCCGAUCCGCCCCAUCGUCAACAGAGCUUCAUUUGGACGAUUACAGUCAAAGUUUUAGUCUACCUCGUAUUGAGGGCAUACGGGUUGGCCAUGUCCAGCGGAUUUCUCUGGCGUCCGACAAAACUCUUGUGAUGAAGACCCUCAGUUUAAAGCCAUUGAUUUUUGAGAUCCCUGGUUUUCUUUCGGAAGAGGAGUGCCGUGUGGUAGUCCAGCUGGCCCAGUUGAAGGGUCUCAUGGAGACCCAGACACCAGCUCUGGUUCAGGGGCACGAUGAGUCUAACCUGCCAUUGCUGUCUCUCAGCACUGAGGAGGUUUUUGGUCUGCUGGACCUUAACCAGGAUGGGCUACUGCAAAAACAGGAGAUUGUGAGUCAUUCUCGUUCUCGAGAUGGAACUUGGCUGAGUGCAGAGAGUUUGCGGCAAAUACUGAUCAACUUGGAGGCCCGUCCAACAGGAACAGUAACUUUGGAGGACUUCAAACGUAUUUAUGCUGAAUCCCAAAGCACAACACAACGCACUGGGAAGCUCACAAAUCAGUACAAACAGAGAAACAAAAAUACAUGGCUGUAUCAAGGCCCAGGAUCUCAUCAUGUGCUUCAGACACUUAAAAAGAGAGUCAUUGGCUUGACUCGUCUGCCUUCAUCACUUGUUGAGUUGAGUGAACCUUUGCAGGUGGUUCGAUAUGAACAUGGAGACUAUAGUGAUGCUCAUUACGACAGCAGUCCCACAAACCCUGAGACUUCGUGUGCACACACACGCUUAGCCAGUAACACAUCUACUCUCACUGAGGUCUCCUGCAGGUACCUCACUGUGCAAUUUUACCUCAGCUCUGUGGAAGAAGGGGGUGAGACCACUUUCCCCGUGGCAGAUAACCGCACCUAUGAUGAAGAUGGUCUGGUCCAAGAUGGCAUCGAUUUGACAGAUACUCAGCAAACGUGUCACAGAGGAAACCUUCGAAUAAGGCCAACUGUUGGCAUGGCUUUGCUUUGGUACAAUCACCUCUCAGAUGGAAAAGGUUGGAUGGGUGACAUGGACGAAUACUCCCUCCGUGGAGACUGCCCAGUGAAACGUGGGCUCAAGUGGGUGGCCAGCAGCUGGAUAAAUGUCGACCCAGAUCACCUCCAACAGGCCAGAUAUCAGAGACUGGUGGCCCAAAGACACCAGGUGAAAUCAGGCCUGGAAGACUAUUACCAGCCUCUUUCACACAACAACCUCCACCAGGAUCUAUAGCCAGAAUGAUACAUUUUCUUAUUUGAAAAAGGUAGUAUUUCAUAUUCAAAAGGCAUUUCACAGAUCCAUUUCUGUUUUGUGAACCUGUAGAUGCAAGCAAGUUUAAAUAAUCUACUUUUAAAUGUUUUUUUUGGUUUGUUUUUUACUUAAUAACUAUAUUUUUAAUAUAAUAUAUUAAUUAAUAAUAUUAUUUGUAUGCAAGUGCAUAAAGGGGGUUAUAAAGUAUCUACCCAUUAAGAUUAUUUCAGUAGUUCAAAUUCAUUAAGACUCAAACACAUGCUUGAAUUUGUGGGGAUUAAAGUCUGUAUACUCUCUUAACUCAUGGGAACCUAAAUCUCUGUGGAGACAAAAAUCAGGUCACCAUGACAUAAAUUAUUUAUUAUUUAGCCAACAUUAGUUAAAGUUCAUAUAUGCGUUAAAAAUAGGUUAAGAUUUGGUUUUAGGUUAAAGUUAGGCAGGUAGUAACUAUGGUUAAGAUCAGUCUUCAGGAAAUUAAUGUUAUGUUAGGUUAGUUAUGUAAACCGAAGAGUGUGUGUGUGCGCACGCGCACACGUGUAUUCUUUUAUCUACUGUUUACAAUGGAGUUGUUUCACUUUAAAUUGAACUACUGAGUAAAAUCAGGUUUCACCAUAAUAUAAUUUUCACUUGUACACUUAGGCAUUAAAUAAAACAUAAAAUGUCCUAUAGUAUAUUAAUAUCAACAAAUGCCUUUUAGGAAACAUGCACUAAAUACUUUGUCAUCUUAUCCCAGCAGUAUUAUUGUGAAGUCAUCUACAUGUUUUAAGCCAUAUCAUGAGAUACGUUUGUGAAUGUGUUGCUAAUUGAAGAUUGAAAUUAACAUUAAACAUGCUUUUAGUCAAAAUGUGUACAAAAACAUGGGGCAAAUGUGGACUAUUAUAAGUCUUUAAUUGACAUUCCCUAAUAGGCUAUUGUUUGAUUGCUUUAAUUUAUUUUAUUGUUUUGUCAUCACUACUGAAAUAUUUAUCUAAUUGGUGUCUUAUGAGAUUGUUAUUUAUUAUUGCUAUUUGUUUAUGUUAUCACAGUGCUUAUUUAUUCACAUGUGAUGUUGCACACGAGUUGACACAUUUCUUUGUAUCUGGUUGUUACAAUAAUAUGUUAUACGUAUAUCUUGAGAUUAUAAAGCAUUUUAUUACUUGCA